AUGGGAAUCACUGGGAGAAUCAGACCGGCACCAAAAAACGAAGAUGAAAUGAUGGUUGCAAUUUUUGAAUACAUUGACAGACUUUUCAAUAUAGUAAGACCAAGAUGACUUCUCUACAUGGCAAUAGAUGGAGUGGAACCACGUGCUAAAAUGAACCAGCAGCGUUCGAGGAGGUUCAGAGCAUCAAAGGAAGGAAUGGAAGCAGCAGUAGAGAAGCAGCGAGUCAGGGAAGAAAUACUGGCAAAAGGUGGCUUUCUUCCUCCAGAAGAAAUAAAAGAAAGAUUUGACAGCAACUGUAUUACACCAGGAACCGAGUUCAUGGACCAUCUUGCUAAAUGCCUUCGCUAUUACAUAGCUGAUCGUUUAAAUAAUGAUCCUGGGUGGAAAAUUUUGACAGUUAUUUUAUCUGAUGCUAGUGCUCCUGGUGAAGGAGAACAUAAAAUUAUAGAUUACAUUAGAAGACAAAGAGCUCAGCCUAACCAUGACCCAAACACUCAUCAUUGCUUAUGUGGAGCAGAUGCUGAUCUCAUUAUGCUCGGCCUUGCUACAUAUGAACCCAACUUUACCAUUAUUAGAGAAGAAUUCAAACCAAACAAACCCAAGCCAUGUGCUCUUUGUAAUCAGUUUGGACAUGAAGUUAAGGACUGUGAAGGUUUGCCAAGAGAAAAGAAGGGAAAGCACGAUGAACUUGCAGAUAGUCUUCCUUGUGCAGAAGGAGAGUUUAUCUUCCUUCGUCUUAAUGUUCUUCGUGAGUAUUUGGAAAGAGAGCUCACCAUGGCCAGCCUACCGUUCACAUUUGAUGUCGAGAGGAGCACUGAUGACUGGGUCUUCAUGUGCUUCUUUGUGGGAAAUGACUUCCUUCCUCACCUGCCGUCGUUAGAGAUUCGGGAAGGUGCAAUUGACCGUUUGGUUAACAUAUACAAAAAUGUGGUUCACAAAACUGGGGGUUACCUUACAGAAAGUGGUUAUGUCAGUCUGCAAAGAGUACAGAUGAUCAUGUUAGCAGUUGGUGAAGUUGAGGAUAGCAUUUUUAAAAAGAGAAAGGAUGAUGAGGACAGUUUUAGAAGACGACAGAAAGAAAAGAGAAAGAGAAUGAAGAGAGAUCAACCAGCUUUCACUGCUGGUGGAAUAUUAACCCCUCAUGCCUUGGGUUCAAGAAAUUCACCAGGUUCUCAAGUAGCCAGUAAUCCGAGACAAGCAGCCUAUGAAAUGAGGAUGCAGAAUAAUUCUAGUCCUUCAGUAUCUCCUAAUACGAGUUUCACUUCUGAUGGCUCCCCGUCUCCGAUAGGAGGAAUUAAGCGAAAAGCAGAAGACAGUGACAGUGAACCUGAACCAGAGGAUAACGUCAGGCUUUGGGAAGCUGGUUGGAAGCAGCGGUACUACAAGAACAAAUUUGACGUUGAUGCAGCUGAUGACAAAUUCCGUCGUAAAGUUGUACAGUCGUACGUUGAAGGGCUCUGCUGGGUUCUUCGAUAUUAUUACCAGGGCUGUGCUUCCUGGAAGUGGUAUUAUCCAUUUCAUUAUGCACCAUUUGCUUCAGACUUUGAAGGUGUUGCAGACAUGCCUUCUGAUUUUGAGAAGGUUUAA